CAAAAACACUUUUAACUAUUUAGGUAAAAAGAAAAUUUAUUUAGAGAUCCGUUUUUUGUGUGUUUGGUUGUUGGUCUUGUGAGAGUUGAUAGACAAGUAACUGUCUUCUUGGCGCAGGGCGCAGAAAUUAUUUGAAGAUGGUGAUGGUGAUGGUGGUUGUGAUUACUGUGCAAUUCCAUGAUUGUUGUGAGAAAGUUGUUUGAAUUGCAAAUUUGAUCGAUUUUAAUUGAAAAAGAAAAUGAGAUGGAAGGCCCAGCUAAGAUGGGAAUGCUUGAGAUUUUCAUGAGGAAUCACCAACAAUCUUUGAAAUCGCUAUUUCUCAGAAAGAGAUUAUCGGAUUCAAGCGAAGAUGGUUCACCUGGAAUUUCCCCCAGACCCAUUCCCCAACUCUCUCCUCUUGCCAAUUCCGUCGUCACUCGUUGUUCCAGAAUCCUAGGAGUCCCUACCCACGAGUUACAGCACCAUUUCGACAUUGAGCUACCAGAGAGCGUUAAGCAGCUCUUCUCUUAUGCCAGGAACUUCCUCGAGUUCUGCUCUUACCAAGCGCUCAAUUGGGUCACCAGACGCCCUGAUUAUUUAAGCGACAAAGAAUUUCGUCGCUUGACCUAUGAUAUGAUGCUCGCCUGGGAGAGCCCCAGUAUUGAACUUGAAUCCAAUCCGCAACUCAACGAAACUGCCUCUCCCUGUUAUCCGCAAGAAGAGGAUGAGGAUGGGGUCUCACUGUUUUAUUCAAGUUCCACUAAUAUGGCUGUUCAGGUUGAUGACACAAAAACCGUUGGCCGAGAGGCUUUUGCCCGCAUAGCUCCUGCUUGUGCUGUUGUUGCAGAUGUAAUGACUGUCCACAAUCUUUUUGAUGCGCUUACGAGUACUUCAGGAGAACGACUUCAUUUUCUUAUUUAUGAUAAAUACCUUCACAAUCUUGACAAGAUUAUUAGGGGAGCAAAGAGUACUCCAGGACUUUUGAUUUCCAAUCUUCAGCUCGCUGAGGGAGAGAUCAUCCUAGAUGUUGAUGGGACAGUGCCCACUCAACCAAUUCUGCAGCAUAUUGGAAUUUCAGCAUGGCCAGGUCGCUUAACACUGACUAACUUUGCUCUAUACUUUGAAUCACUGGGAGUUGGUAUAUACGAUAAAGCUGUUAGAUAUGAUCUGGCAACAGAUAUGAAACAGGUCAUAAAACCUGAAUUGACUGGACCAUUGGGCGCUCGCCUCUUUGAUAAAGCUGUGAUGUAUAAAUCAAUUGCCACAGCAGAGCCUGUUUAUUUCGAAUUUCCUGAAUUUAAGGGUAAUUCUCGACGAGAUUAUUGGUUGGAUAUAAGUAUAGAGAUCCUGCAUGCAUACAAGUUUAUUAGAAAAAACAACUUCAAAGAAACUCAGCAACUGGAGGUGCUUGCAAGGGCUAUUCUAGGCAUCUUCCGAUCUCGUGCAAUUAGAGAAGCUUUCCACUUCUUCUCGUCCCAUUACAAAACUGUACUUGCUUUCAAACUGGCUGAAAGUCUUCCUAAGGGUGAUAAGAUCUUGGAAACUCUAUCAAGUCGUCUGGCUCUUCUAAAUGUAACUGCCUCCCCGCGCAGCGUCAAUGGAUUUGCAAAUGCAAAGCAGCAACCAAUGCUUUCACCAGUUGCACUUCUGACUCUUAGACGACUUGGAUUAAUGUUACAAAAGGAGACAAAUAUAGAUGGAGAAGCAAUUGAAAUAGGAGAUCUUUGUGUUGGUGAGACAAAUCCAUUGGAGAUAGCAGUGAAAAAGUCAGUGUCAGACAUCGGGAGAGCUGAAGCUGCACAAGCAACUGUGGACAAAGUGAAGGUUGAAGGGAUUGAUACAAAUGUUGCAGUAAUGAAGGAACUGAUGUUUCCAGUUAUUGAAUUCGUUAGUUGUCUUCAGCGUUUGGCCUGUUGGGAAGAUCCAUUUAAAUCAAUGGUGCUUCUGGUUGUAGGCUGUUAUGUUAUUUUAAGGGGUUGGAUCAAAUUCAUAUUACCAUCCAUUUUCAUAUGCUCUGCGGUUUUCAUGUUCUUCCAAAGGCAUUUCAACAAAAAGGAGCCCUUGGAAGCUUUUAGAGUUAGAGCUCCCCCAAAUAAAAAUGCUGUGGAGCAGUUGCUGACAUUGCAAGAAGCUGUGACACAUGUUGAAGCACUAAUUCAGACUGGGAAUAUUAUUCUUCUGAAGAUUAGAGCUCUUCUGUUUGCUGUUCUUCCACAGGCAACAGAUAGGAUUGCUCUCCUGCUAGUUUUCAUUUCUGUUACAGUUGCAUUGGUGCCUUCAAGAUACUUAAUUCUGAUGAUAUUUUUGGAGGCCUUUACGAGGGAAAUGCCUUAUAGAAAAGAGAGCAGCGAUAGGUGGCGGAGACGGUUAAGAGAAUGGUGGAUUAGAAUACCAGCAGCUCCUGUUCAGCUUCUUAAACUUGACGAGAACAAGAAAAAGAAGUGAAUAAACAACAUUCUUUUGUAAAUCAUAUACCAAAAGAUCAUAGAGCAAGAGCUUGUAAACUGUAUAGGAACUUGUAUAGAGUUUUGUUCAUUUUAAGUUUUAUUUAUUUAUUUUUACUCACAACUUCCUUUGAUCUCUGGUAAAAGUUUCUUGA